UGCGCUUGUCCUCUGCUCAAGUCCUUAGUAUAGUGGAUUCGCAUAGAGGGAUUACCAUGUCAAUAUCUGUCUAUGGAGCGCGAAGGCUGGGGGCCAGCAGACCUGAAAUUGUUUGCCUGUCGUGUAAGCUCGCACUCGCGAAUAGGACGACCCAGGGUCUGAACCUAGUUGGAGACGCCACUUCGCAGCAGAGUAGACUUCGCAGACAUCAAUCAUCGCAAUCGACUCGAACAAGCAAUGACUUCGGGGCAGUUUCACGGAGAAGGCAGGCUUCCUUGUCGCUCCAAGAUCUGUAUGCAGCAAAGUCGAACAUUUCUCCUGCCAGAUCAAGAGUUCAGAGACCAUCUCCUCUGCUCAUGAAUCAUGCUCGACAUUACCAUUCAGGCAUGUUCACACCUCGAUGUCGAGCCUCAAUGGACGUGCCUCAUGGAUCGUUACACAGGAAGCAGCAAGGUUGGGUUCAGCCGGGGUUGCCAGAUGUUGCAUCUAAUAAGAAGUCAUAUGCAACGCACGGCUUAACAACCGGCAAGGGGUUCGACUCGAUACAGGGCAAUCCAGACGGAAUUCGCGCACAGCUCAAGAAAUGGGAAGAGCAGUACGGCGCCGAUGAUCCAAUGGCAGAUUUUCGAGUGGGAGCCGACCCCGACGACGAAUCCGCAGCUGAGAACUUCACUCACUUGCCCGACUUGAAGCAUUCUUCAUUGCUCACAGCUACAAGCAAGGAGGAGGUAGACAACGAAUACACGGCUCCUUCAUCGAAGGAGUCUGACUUCAGCUCCGCAAUGGAUGAAGUCCGUAUGCUUGGUAUCGGAGAUCUAGUAGAAUUACCGACGAGUACCGCAGGCAAAACUAUCCUUGCCGUACAUAUCCGCCCAGUUGGGGAAUGGGGCAUGACUGGCCAAUUCAUUAAUAUUUUUGGUCGAACAUGUCAUUCACCAUACGCUCAAAUACCUUGGAUUGCAAAGAAUUGGAUGGAUCCUUCGCUCAUAAAGCCCAUUCUACCUUAUAUGCCGAUUAUCAAGACCGAAGCUCAGAUCACGGAAUUGGCAGACAUUGCAAUAUUCGAAGAUAUCUCUGCACCGCGAAGUAUAUCUGCACCCCUUAUCGAACAGAUCACAAACCUUUCGCAGGAGGCCGACGAGAUCUACCGACACCAUUCAGACAGUUUGGAUCGGGCGCAUGAAAUACUGGCACAUGAGAGCGACUUGCGGUACGGAUCUCUAGAGUCCAUCGCGCAAGCAUUGCUGAACAUACAAAAUGCUAAAGUGUCAACGGCAGCACUUUGCGCUGUGCGCAGAGCGUUACGUAAUGGUGGUGUGGCUUUCAAUGUGGACUUUUUCCAACAUCGGGCCACUGGUUAUGUACAGAUUCCAAGCCGACAAGACAUCAAAGGCAUCCAAGACGUUCAAAAGUGGAUUCGCUCUUGGCAGGAGAAUGUAGUAAACAGAGAGACACAUGAUGGGGAGUCAAAGAGUGAAGGUUUCCGCAUCAUCGAUUCUUUCAUCAAAAAAGCAAAGGGCAUAGUGCUGAAGUCUCGCGCGCUUCGCCUCCCGGCCAAGGAAAGCUAUGUGGGUCCAUGCAGAGUACAACGCGCAAUAACAGAGUCCAAAGGCUGCGUUGAGGAGACAUGCCAUUCUGAUUUUACCAAUGAGGAACAAGCUAUCGUCCGGUUUUUGUACGCAUGGGCGGCGGCGCGCAGAUUUGACAUAGAACCAACUCUCAUGGGAUUGCCACCACUAUUAAUGCAUGCAACGGGGCUAUACAUUCGUGAAGGUGCAACGGAAGCUCAAGGCUAUCUUUUUCUUCAGGAGCUUGGUGUCGUAUUGCCGUAUGGCGGCAAAUACUCUUUCAAUUCUCACCUACUUUUGCCAACCUCAGGACAGAGUCGUCCACUUCUCCAGCUCAUGAACAAGCUUGAAGAUAUGGGGACCAAGGACGUGACCCUCACCGACACAAUGCAGGAUCUCCGACACGACUGGGGAAACCUAACGGUAUAUUGCGUCGAUGACGCUGGAGCGAAGGAGAUUGACGACGGCAUCUCUGUGGAGAAAGCAGGUGUCGGUGCUGAUGGCAAACAGGAGUAUUGGAUGCACCUCCAUAUCGCCAAUCCCACAGCGUUCUUCGACCGCAAGCAUUCUCUUGCUAAGAUGGCGAGGCACAUGGGUGAGACGAUUUACACGCCUGAAUACACUCAUUCAAUGUUGCCGACCUGGCUGACGCACGGAUACCUUGACGUGGGCCGCAAUCGACCUGUGAUGACGUUCAGUGCCCGGCUCGACGAGGCUGGAAAUAUCCUUGAGCACCGCAUCCGGAACGGCAUCGUUCGAAAUGUUCUUUCCCUCACGUAUGACGACCUUAACAAAUUGAUCGGUACUGACGGCGAGUCCGGUUUGCCAUCAGUGGUCUUGUCGACUGGCGAUGUCCUUUCCGGCUCGUCAAUGGCGAAUGAUGCAAACAACAUAUCUUCUGAUCAGCUGGACGAAAUGCGCACCCUUGACCGGUUGACACGAGCUCGUAUGUCUGUCCGUGCAAAAAGAGGCGGUUUGUUCUAUGAUUUAGCGCAAGCUGAUGCGUCAGUCAUGUCGCGUUCCGCCCGUUCUGGCCUCGGACCCCCAGUACCAUACUUCGCGGGUCGGCGUGAGGUCACAGGUGACCCCGUCGUCCAGGUGCGCACAUACGGCCUCAAGAAUCAAUUCGCUUCAAACACACGGCCCAGCGACGUCUUCGUGCGAGAGGCGAUGUUGCUAGCAUGUGAGAUCGCAGGCACCUGGUGCAAAGAGCGUGCAAUCCCGACCAUCUUCCGCGGUACUGUUAGUCAUCCGUUAUUCCCGAACCCAGAGAAAUACCUCCAGGAACAUGUGCUUCCGAAUGUGGAUGAAAAUGGUGCAUUUCCCCGAGAUCAAGGCCGAAGAUAUGUGCAAAUGUUGGGAUAUGGUGUUAUUCGCACCCAUGCCGUCCAACAUUCGUUUCUGGGAAUGAGCGCAUACACGAAAGCCACAUCACCUCUCCGACGAUAUGGCGACCUAGUGUUGCAUUGGCAGAUCGAGGCUGCGCUACGUCACGAAGCCGAAACCGACGUCUCACUCGUUGUAGAAAACCCUGAAGGCACCACGAAGAAAACCGCUGUGAACCCUGCGCCUGACCGCUCAUUUCUACCCUUCUCAGCUGCGAAUUUGGAAACGAUGAUACCUGGUCUCCGCGCUCGUGAACUCACCAUCAUUCAGACCAAGAGACGCAGCAACGAGCACUGGAUCCGAACGCUGUUAUGGCGCAAGCAUUACUAUCCGGAGCAAUCCGGCGGACCCAUUUCUGACACCUUUCCAAAGCUGCACAUUGUCAUCGAAUCGAGCGUUGAUGAGAUCUUCGCCACGGAUCAUCGAGGGAUCAUUCUAGAGUUCGGCAUCAAGACGAGAGUGGCCACUGAUGAUACUCAGCCUGGGCAGGUAUUGAAGCCAGGCCAGAUUUGGGAGUGUGAGCUUUACUCAAUCGAAAUGUACAAGGGCACAACCGUCGUGGUACCCAAAAAGCUGGUGGUGGAGGAUGGUGCCGAAGACUAUACCUCCUGGAGGACAUCUGCGUUGCUUGGGGAGGAAGGCGUCGAGCGAGCGAAGCUCUAAAGAUCUCCGCUCCUGUAAGAUAUGUAGGAUGUUGAGAUGGCUGCAUACGACUUUGUAACAUCACUGUAUGAAUCUGCGAUAUGAUGCCGUUCGCGACAUCACUAUCAUUCAAGCCUCGCGAUCUCCCAAUACGUCAAUGUCGAUGAUCAUUACACUCAGCGAGCAUCAACACUGUAAUCACUAUUCUCCCCAAACCUCCAGCUUGGGCUGGGAACGCGUCGAACGAAGCAGAGGUACAGCAGGUAAGUCCCAGUGAACAGAAUUCUUCUCUCCCACGAAGAUUUUUUCCCGAUGCAACCAUGCUAUAUCCCAUCGGCCAUGCUAUGAAUCGAUAUGCACAUAAUCCUAUCUUCCUAUAUCAUGCUCAUGCCCAGGUUCAUACUCCGCUAUGCUGUGCUAUGUCGUUUGGCUUCUUUUCGCCUCGGAUAAAUGCUGUGCAUGCGCAAAUUCGCUCAAAAUCUCGCAUAACCACCGCGAGCGAUUGUAAUAAAAA